GCUGUGCUGGACCUCAUUGGAAAUUCUCAACAUUCUGGGGACAAAUCUGGACUCGAGUUAUAGGUCUCGGAGGCCAUUGCAACACCAAAAUGGCUCCCAAAGCCGUACCAAAGCCUUCUAGAGCUGCAGCUCGGGCGGCAGGUGCAGAUAAAAAGGAGACAUUUGUCCAUCCAUCCGCUAAACAUGCCAGGAAGAAGGCUAUCAGGGAUGCCUUUGCAAUGGAGCCCAUCUCGGCUUUCUACAUCUUUCUUGCCGCCAACGCCGUAGCCGCCCUCUUCUCGCCGAUCCAAGACUGCGACGAGACCUUCAACUACUGGGAGCCGACUCACUACCUCGGCCAUGGCUACGGAUUACAGACGUGGGAAUACUCGCCGGACUAUGCCAUCCGCAGCUGGCUGUACAUUGCCAUCCAUGCAGCCGUCUCCAACAUCCGUCGCCUGCUCCCACACUCCAGCAAGGUUGCCGAGUUUUACUUCCUCCGCUACAUCCUCGCCUUUGGCUGCGCGCUCUGCCAGACGCUCAUGUGGCGUGCCGUCUGUCUGGCCCUCAGCCCCCGGGUUGGACUCUUCUUCAUCCUGGCUCUGGUUUCUAGCCCGGGCAACUUCCAUUCCAGCACCGCCUACCUUCCUUCUAGCUUUGCCAUGUACAUGGCCAUGGUGGGCGCUGCGGCAUUCAUAAACUGGCGCGGCGGGUUGAAGACAUCGCAGGGCAUAUUUUGGUUUGCCGUUGGUGGUGUUCUCGGGUGGCCGUUUGCUGCGGCUCUGUGCAUCCCGUUCGUUCUAGAGGAGGCCUUCUUCGCCAUCCUAAGCGAUAAGGAGCGCUUCUUCGAGUCGUUCAUCAGACUAGCCCGCGGGGCUGUAGCAACAUUGCUUUUGGUUGUUUUUGACACGGCGAUCAACACAUUCUUCUACAAGAAGGUUGAGAUUGUCUCGUGGAACAUCAUCAAAUACAACAUCUUCUCCACCAGAGGCGGCCCUGACCUCUAUGGCACGGAGCCGCCGUCCUUCUACUUCAAGAACCUCCUCCUGAACUUUCACAUCUGGUUCAUCUUUGCACUCCUCUCCCUCCCCCUCUUUCUCCUGCAAAAGCUAUUGUUCCGCCGUGCAGCAGGCGAGACCUUCCAGACCGGCCUCCGCACCCUCGUGUUUCUGAGCCCAUUCUACAUGUGGCUUGCCAUCUUCUCUCUUCAACCCCACAAGGAAGAGCGGUUCAUGUACCCAGCUUACCCCUUCCUCGCCCUGAACGCCGCGCUUGGUAUCCACACAUGCCUCACCAUCAUUGGCAAUGGCGACCCAAAAUCGCUCGUCGGCCGCAUUCCUGCCAAGCUCAAACUAGGCGUCAUCAGCAUGGCCCUAUUCUCCUCAAUCGCCAUCGGCCUAGCCCGCGUCUGGGGCCUCUACACGGGCUAUCACGCACCCUUAUCUCUCUACGCGCCACUCUCCGACCCCAAGAUCGGCGGGCCGGGUGAUACAGUCUGCUUUGGCAAGGACUGGUACCGCUUCCCUUCGUCUUUCUUCCUCCCGCGCGACAUGCACACCAAAUUUGUUCGCUCCGAGUUCAGGGGGCUGUUACCCGGGGAGUUCUCCGAGGCUCGCACGGGCUUCGGAUUCUGGAGUGGGACGUGGCUGCCUACGAUCGGACUCAACGAUCGGAACGAGGAGGACUUGGGUAAAUAUGUCGACUUGAGAUCGUGCGUAUUCCUAGUGGAUACGCAGUUCCCUGCUCGGGAACAGGAGCAGUUGCCGCCCAGUGAGCCGGAUUAUGCCAAAGAUGUAAAGAGGUGGGAGGAGGUCAAAUGCCUCCCUUUUCUAGAUGCUCAGAGGACGCACUUCCUGGCGAGGGCUCUAUGGGUGCCGGACUGGGCGAUCGUGCCUGAACGGUUUCGAAGGAGGUGGGGGAGGCAUUGUCUGUUGAAGCAGAGGAGGUGAAGGUUGUAGUCUCAGGGUCGGAAUGAUGUGAUAGACGACAGGAAUGCUUCCUUGUCUUCAGAUUAAUACCUAGAUAUCUGAUGUGUUUUAUGCAUGGGAUAGAGGCUACGGUGCAUUGGUUUAGGAGAGCAUGGACACCUACCUGACGAACCUGUACUUUAUGAAUAUACCCAGUUAAUUUACCAUCCUUAUGGUGUC